AUGAAAUUCGCGAUUUUCCUAAUGAUGUUAACAGCAGUAGUGGCACAUUCAUUUCCGCAGUAUUCCGGCUUGAACUUUGGAUCGCAUAGAUUUGGAGUUGGACAACAAACCUACGGAACUCAGGGAUGUGGUCAAAAAUCCUACGGAAGUCAGGGAUGUGGGCAACAAGCUUACGGUAGUCAGGGAUGUGGUCAGCAAGGGUAUGCUGGACAACAAAGUGGUUUGAAUAAUGGAUAUUACAAUAACUAUAAUCGAGGUUAUUCUGGUGGAUUUCAUAACGGUUACGGCAGAGGUUAUAACCAGGUAUAUCCUUAUAACCAAGGCUACAAUCAAGGAGGAUUUAGUAAUCAAGUUUAUAGCCGGUUUCAGUAG